AUGCAGGAAAUUGUUACUCUCAUUUCCAACAGAGGUGAUCCACACUUAUCCCAGACGGUCCCGAACUGGACCCGAGCUCCCUGGUUGGAGCACCAUUACCACGCAGAGCUCCUGAAAGCCUCGCCCUCCAGGCCUCGAGUGCUCACCACACACCUGCCUCAUCACCUGCUGGGCCCUGCCCUCCAGGCCUCCAAAGCCAGGGUCAUCUAUGUGAGCAGAAACCCUAAAGAUGUGCUGGUGUCUUUUUACCACUUUCACAACAUGGCAAACUUCCUCCCUGAAGCCGGCUCCUUUCAGGAGUUUUUAGAUCAGUUCCUGGAGGGCAAACUGCACUACGGCUCCUGGUUUGAGCACAUUAAAGGCUGGACCAGUCAGGCUGCAGCUCUCAAUCUGCUUCACGUCACUUAUGAGGAGAUGUCACUGGACAUACAUGAGACCAUGAACAGGGUGAGUUCGUUCCUGCAGCGCCCUCUGCUGGAGGAUGAGCUGAACAACUGUGUGAAACACUGCAGCUUCAGCAGCAUGAAGGACAACAAGAUGAUCAACUACACCCUUGUCCCUGGGGAGAUACUAGAUCAUAGCAAAGGCUCCUUCAUGAGGAAAGGUCAGAUUGGAGACUGGAAGAACAUGUUCACCAAGGAGCAGAAUCAACAUUUUGAUGAUGUGUCCAACUCCAAAAUGCAAGAUUGCUCCUUGAAGUUUGUGUGGGGGGAGGAGGAGAAAGAAGAGCCGCACACCGAAGACUGA